GAAAGUUUUAUGACACAAGGGAAACACAGUGAUGGCUGGAAGUUCUUACUUCAUUCAGAUUCCCCUCCUUCUUUGCUGUGUUGUUCAAGCUUCUCAUAUCAGAAAUGUCCGUCAGGUUGUGGAUCCUUUACCCGGCCAAUCACGAAGUACCGAGGUAGGCUGGAUCAUUUCAAAGAUCCCUUCACCUACUGCCGGCACCUGCAUGGGUGUAAAGGAACAGCUGAUACGACUCAGCAGUCAGCUUCAGCAGGCAACUCUCUACAACAGCCAGCUAGAUAAUGAAGCCUUUGGGCUGAGGAGGGAAGUCAGGCAGCUGAAACUGCAGCUCGACAUGUGCAGUUUGACAGCCUCGACCAUUACUGGCUCCUAUCAAACCCAGUUACUCAACAACAUGAAGCAGCUUCUGGAGACAUUUGAUAGUGACACAUUUCUGAUUCUGAAAACCAUUGCACUCACCAGGGAGGUGAAUACAUUACAGACGAAGGUCAGACACGCUGCUAAUUCCACUGAAAGUGCUACUGACAUCACAACGCUGCGGAGAGAGCUGCAAGAGAAAACCACUGAAAUGAAUGAAAAGAUGCAGCAGAUUGAAAGAAGCCACACAAACGCAUCACUGAUUCUUCAGGUCAUUUCACUGCAAAAUCAGAUCUGGGAUCUGGAGCAGGAAAAAUCAAGAAGAGGAGAAACUGGUCUUCAACCUGACAGGACAAUUCUGGGUCUCCAGGGCCAGCUGGACGAGAAGAUCAGUCAGCUGCGAGUGAAAGGAGACGCAGUCUCAGCCAUGCUCGAGGUGAUUUCUGUACACAGUAAGAUUGCGAUGAUGCAGAGGCGGAUUAGUAUCCACAUUAAAGAAUCCAGAACUAACACUGCUGAGUACCAGAGGCAAUGGAGGCAAAAAGGGGAGCUCCUUAAAAAGAAGAUUUUACAGCUGAAUCGUGAGGAGCGUAACACAACACUUACCAGGGAAAUUUUGCGGUUGCAGAGCGAGGUGGAGGGCUUGAACCAGUUAAUGGAGAAUGCAAAAAGGAUAACUGAGUCCCAACUUAACGAGAUAAAAGUUAUCCUGGAGCAGGAGAAGAAACGACUAGAGCACUUACAGAAGCAGCUGGAGGGAACAGAGUAUGCCCAGUCACAACUGAUCAUGACAAUCAUCGGCCUAAUGAAAGAGGUGAGAACGCUGCAGGUUGAUGAGCAAGACCAGACAACACCGACAAGCCCGGCCACCGCCCUUCAGACUCUGCUUCAAACCAAGGAAAAUGAAUUUGCCAGAGCUCAGGCUGAAAUAAGUGAGCUGCAGAGGAAGCUGUGGGCAAAGAGUCAAGAAUGCUCCGGGCCUGAGGAGAGAUAUGAGCACGUAAAGACUGAAUUUGAGCAGAAGGUCAAAGAACUGAACACAACCGGAAACUCCGAAGCAGCACUCAUUCUGAACGUGAUAAGCCUGCAUGAUGAGCUGAGGACUCUGAGGGAGCUGAUCUCCACCGCCGAUGACCCGGACAGGAUCAGAGAGCUGACGAGGCAACUGGAGAAGAAGCAAGACGAUCUGAACUCUAAGACUGCAGACAUACAGACACUGGUUGCCAACCCAAGAAUAAUUUUAACAGUCAUUGAGCUGCAGGAACAGAUAUCGGACCUUCAAAAAAGGGCUGGCAGUGACACCAACGAGUUGCAAAACAGGGUGGAUGAGCUUCUCGCUGAAAUGGACGACAGGCAAAACACGAAACUGAUGCUGAAAAUGAUCAGCCUGCAGAGUCAGGUGGAGCAGCUGCAGAAACAGCUGGCAGGCGUCCAGAUGUUACAAAACCCUCUCGCAACCAAGCUCAGAAAUGAUCUGACGUCUAAGAGGAACGAGCUGCAGAAAUGUGUCAACGAUCUGAAAGAGAAGAAUCAGAGAGAUGCCAGGAUGAUUCUUGCAGCCACCAAUCUGCACAACCAACUCAGAAAACUAGCAAAAGAACAGCACAGUGAGAGCCAAACAACUUCUGCCACAAUUACCAAGCUGAGAGAACAACUGAAGGAAAACGCGGAGGAGUGCGCUCGUGAUCGGGCUGAGAUCAAUGAUCUGCGGAAUCAGCUGAACCAGACGGAGGGACAGUGUUCAGAUUUUGAGGAGAAACUUAAAGAUCUGCAGAACGACCUGGACAGCAAAAUUGUGGAACUUCAGUCCAAAUCGGACACUGUGACUUCGCUCGCGCUUCAAGUUUCAACUUUGACUCUACAAAUAGAGGAGCUGAAGAGACAACAACAGAGCAGUGAGUCUGACACUAAGAUAAAAGAACUUCAAAAAAUUAUCGAUGCGAAAACAAACGAGCUGGCCAAAAAAACAGAGGAGCUCAAAGCAAGAAGUGCUCAACCGCAAAGGCUCCUACAGAUCAUUACGAUACAAACAGAAAUUGAUAAGCUGGCGAAUGUGGCCGCAAACGACACAGAUUACAUCAAGAUGAGAGGACUCCAAGACCUAAUGAAUGAUUUGAUCACAGGAAUACAAGACGAAAACAAUGAAAAUACUAAACUGAUGUUUCAAAUCUUGGCUCAACAAGAUGAAAUAGCACGACUGAAGAAGCAAGCGGACAAACAGAAUCAAGCAGAAUUGGCGAAAAUUAAAGAUCUGGAGAGUGAACUGGAGGACGUCAGAAAUCAGAUAAGAGAAAAGACGCUGGUGCUGGACUCGAGUGACACGAGGAUUGCUAAUUUGUCGGCACAGAUUAUGGAACUUCACCAGAAAAUCAAACCUCUGGAGGAUGAGAUAUCUGACCUCAAGGAAGCAAACACUGAGAAUCUGGAAGAGCUUCAGAAGAGACUGAAUUUGACAAACAGGCAACUGCAGGACAGCGAACUCCGACUCAGGGAAGCAGAUGCAAAGAAUUUCAACUCGAUAAUGGAGAUCGCUGACCUGAGAGCAAAACUGAAAAAGGCUCAGAAACUGUCAAAAAAAGCUGCCAACCAGAACAUCGAUGAAUUGGAGCAACAAAUACAAACGCAACAAAGAGAGAACAGAAAACUUGCAAACACCAACAGAGACUUACAGCAGGAGGUCACAGAACUGAGAACGUGCUGCAGUAAUGUCAACAGCCAGUGUGACGAUUUAGAAAUGCAACUGCAGCAGAGCCUGGAGGAUGCUGAUCGCCUGCAGCAGAAACUGCACGAGAAGGAUGCUAACCUCAAACAGCUGCAGCAGGACUUAGAAGAACAGAUCAGGGUGAAUAACAACCUGCAGAAGGAAUACAGCAAAUUACAGAGACAAGAGAAACAGACCCCGAACAUCACUGAAGAAAAACAGCAGACUGAUGUGGAAGAUAAUACGAUCUAUGCCAGGAAGAUGAUCUUCGAUUCAAACACAGCCAACCCAAGAGUAGCUCUGUCUGCAGACUACACUGAGAUGUCCACUAGCAAGGAAUUGCAAAAUGUCCUCGACCAUCCAGGCCGGUUUAAUGUUCACCUCGCUGCCCUGGGCAGGACUGGCUUUUCAACUGGCAGACAUUACUGGGAGAUCUCUGUAGCUGAGAAGCAUUGUUAUCAUGUGGGGAUGGCCAGUGAAUCUGCUCCACGAAGAGGAGCAGUGACAUUCCGUCCAGCUAAUGGUUUCUGGACUGUAGUCCUGACCAAAAAUGGUCAAUACAAAGCUAUUGAUAGGCAACACGUUACCCUUCAGGUUGAGAGGCAGCCUUUGACGCUGGGCAUUCUGCUGGACUACAAAAAGGGACAGGUGUCCUUUUACGACGCAGACACCAGAUCUCAGAUCUAUUCAUUUGUAGGUCAAAGGUUUACAGACAAAAUCUAUCCAUUUGUCAAUUUGUGUGUUGAGGACGUUGGAAGUCCCACUCCAGUAGUGUUGGUUAGCCCUGGUUCGGUUGACUGGAUUGAAUAAAGAAUGUGACAAGCCAUUUGUCCCAUGUUUCAAAGUUUAGCCAUUUAUCCCCAUCCUGAGCCCUGUGACUGCACAUUCUGUUACUACUGAUGCAUGUUUCAGACAAUAAAAACCAUUGUACAACAA